CGGCGGACGGGGUUGGGCCGCGCGCGCCGGGAGGAGGGAGCGCCGCGUGCUCAGCCUGUCCCCGCCCUGGAGCCCGAGCCUCCAACUAACUCCGCCCGCCGCGCCCCGCUCCGCCGCCCGCCGCCCGCAGGCUCGGGCUUCCGUCCCGGCUGAGCCAGUGCCCGCGGCCGCGCAGAAUGCAGGCUCCCUGAGAGCAGUGGCCUUGUGUGGCUUGUUCAACACUGUACUCCAAAGACCUGAAACUGUGAGUGGCUUACCAAUCUUCAGAGGUCCUGAAUGAUGACUGACGCGGGUUUGUGUGAUAUCCCUCACAGUCCCUGUCGUUCCCCAGUGAUAAGGGACCCGCAAGUCUAGCUCCAGCACCAGGGUAAAAAGCAAAGAAAAAAAGGAAAAGAAAAAAGCAGCUCUAGAAGGAGGAAAGCUUCCGCUUGCGGACCGGACAAAAGUACCGCCUUCCCACGGGUUUCUGCGUGAGGCUAGGGAUCCAGACACCUCGCCGGGUCCUGCUCGCCGCUCUCGCAGGGCAGGCGGGUGGUGCGUGGCCGCAGCAGGACGCCCGCCGCGCCCCGGCCAUGAAGUAGCGGCCGCUGCCCACCGCGGCCCCAGCCCGCGCUGCGCUGCCCGGGCUCCCGGCGGGGCCGGAGCGGCGCGGACAUGGCUGGCGUUCGGAGCCUGCUGGUUCUCCUCCUCGUGUUUCACAGCAGCUGCCUGGGUCUCCGAAGCCCACUUUCUGUCUUUAAGAGGUUUAAAGAAACUACCAGAUCAUUUUCCAAUGAAUGUCUUGGUACCACCCGACCAGUAACUCCUAUCGAUUCAUCUGAUUUUGCAUUGGAUAUUCGAAUGCCUGGGGUUACACCUAAACAGUCUGAUACAUACUUCUGCAUGUCAAUGCGUUUGCCAAUGGAUGAGGAAGCCUUCGUGAUUGACUUCAAACCUCGUGCCAGCAUGGAUACUGUCCAUCAUAUGUUACUUUUUGGAUGCAACAUGCCUUCGUCCACUGGAAGUUACUGGUUUUGUGAUGAAGGAACCUGUACAGACAAAGCCAACAUCCUGUAUGCCUGGGCAAGAAAUGCUCCCCCUACCAGACUCCCCAAAGGUGUUGGAUUCAGAGUUGGAGGAGAGACUGGAAGUAAAUACUUUGUACUACAAGUACACUAUGGGGACAUUAGUGCAUUUCGAGAUAAUCACAAGGACUGUUCUGGUGUGUCCUUACAUCUCACACGCCUGCCACAGCCCUUAAUUGCUGGCAUGUACCUUAUGAUGUCUGUUGACACUGUUAUACCAGCAGGAGAGAAAGUGGUGAAUUCUGACAUUUCAUGUCAUUAUAAUAAUUAUCCAAUGCAUGUCUUUGCCUAUAGAGUUCACACUCAUCAUUUAGGUAAGGUAGUAAGUGGAUACAGAGUAAGAAAUGGACAGUGGGCGCUGGUUGGACGCCAGAGCCCCCAACUGCCACAGGCUUUCUACCCCGUGGAGCACCCAGUAGAUGUAAGUUUCGGUGACAUAUUAGCAGCAAGAUGUGUAUUCACUGGUGAAGGAAGGACAGAAGCCACACACAUUGGUGGCACAUCUAAUGAUGAAAUGUGCAACUUAUACAUUAUGUAUUACAUGGAAGCCAAGCAUGCAGUUUCCUUCAUGACCUGUACACAGAAUGUAGCUCCGGAUAUGUUCAGAAACAUACCACCAGAGGCCAAUAUUCCAAUUCCUGUGAAGUCUGAUAUGGUUAUGAUGCAUGGACAUCACAAAGAAACAGAGAACAAAGAUAAGACUUCUUUACUUCAGCAGCCAAAACAAGAAGAAGUGUUAGAACAGGGUGAUUUCUAUUCACUGCUUUCCAAGCUGCUAGGAGAAAGGGAAGAUGUUGUUCAUGUGCAUAAAUACAAUCCUACAGAAAAGGCAGAAUCAGAGUCAGACCUGGUAGCAGAGAUUGCAAAUGUAGUCCAAAAGAAGGACCUUGGUCGAUCUGAUGCAAGAGAGAGUGCAGAGCAUGAGGAGAGGGGCAAUGCUAUUCUUGUCAGAGACAGAAUUCACAAGUUUCACAGACUAGAAUCUACUCUGAGGCCAGCAGAGAGCAGAGUUUCCUCAGUACUGCAGCCCCUACCUGGUGAAGGCACCUGGGAAUCAGAACACACAGGAGACUUCCAUGUAGAAGAGGCACUGGAUUGGCCUGGAGUAUACUUGUUACCAGGCCAGGUUUCGGGGGUGGCAGUGGACCCUAAGAAUAACCUGGUGAUUUUCCACAGAGGUGACCAUGUCUGGGAUGGAAACUCGUUUGACAGCAAGUUUGUUUACCAGCAAAGAGGACUUGGGCCAAUUGAAGAAGACACUAUUCUUGUCAUCGAUCCAAAUACUGCUGCAGUUCUCCAAUCCAGUGGGAAAAAUCUGUUUUACUUGCCACAUGGCUUGAGUGUGGAUAAAGAUGGAAAUUACUGGGUCACUGAUGUGGCUCUGCAUCAGGUGUUCAAACUGGAUCCAAACAGCAAGGCAGGCCCCCUGCUAAUCCUGGGAAGGAGCAUGCAACCAGGCAGUGACCAGAAUCACUUCUGUCAACCCACCGAUGUGGCCGUGGAUCCGGACACCGGAGCCAUCUAUGUGUCAGACGGUUACUGCAACAGUCGGAUUGUGCAGUUUUCUCCAAGUGGGACGUUCAUCACACAGUGGGGAGAAGAAUCUUCAGGGAGCAAUCCCGCACCAGGCCAGUUUACCGUUCCUCACAGCUUGGCCCUUGUGCCUCAUUUGGGUCAAUUAUGUGUGGCAGACAGGGAAAAUGGUCGGAUCCAGUGUUUUAAAACUGACACCAAAGAAUUUGUGCGAGAGAUUAAGCAUGCAUCAUUUGGAAGAAAUGUAUUUGCAAUUUCAUAUAUACCAGGUUUGCUCUUUGUGGUGAAUGGGAAGCCUCACUUUGGGGAUCAAGAACCAGUACAAGGAUUUGUGAUGAACUUUUCCAGUGGGGAAAUUAUAGACAUCUUCAAGCCAGUGCGCAAGCACUUUGACAUGCCUCAUGAUAUUGCUGCCGCUGAAGACGGGACUGUGUACGUUGGAGACGCUCACACCAACACCGUGUGGAAGUUCAUCACCACUGAAAAAAUGGAACAUCGGUCCGUUAAGAAGGCUGGCAUUGAGGUCCAGGAAACCAAAGAAUCCGAGGCAGUUGUUGACACCAAAAUGGAGAACAAACCCGCCUCCUCAGAAUUGCAGAAGAUACAAGAGAAACAGAAACUGAUCAAAGAGCCAGACUCCGGAGUGCCUGUUGUUCUCAUUACAACCCUUCUGGUUAUUCCGGUGGUUGUCCUGCUGGCCAUUGCCAUGUUUAUUCGGUGGAAAAAAUCAAGGGCCUUUGGAGAUUCUGAACAUAAACUCGAGUCAAGUUCAGGAAGAGUGCUGGGAAAACUUAGAGGGAAGGGAAGUGGAGGCUUAAACCUUGGAAAUUUCUUUGCGAGCCGUAAAGGCUACAGUCGAAAAGGGUUUGACCGCCUGAGCACCGAGGGCAGUGACCAAGAGAAAGAUGACGACGACGGGAGUGAAUCGGAAGAGGAGUAUUCGGCACCGCUGCCCCCGCCCGCACCGCCCUCCUCCUGAGCGCCCGGCUUUGGUCCGGCUGAGGAGAUGUACCAAGAAUGCCAAUUCUUUUCCCUUUAGCACGUUAGAGUUUUGUGUGUUUAAUUGUAAACUGUACAAGUCUGUGCGGGACUGUACACAUUUUAUUUACUUCAUUUGGGUUUAGUUGGCCUCUGUUUCUAGUUGAGGAGUUUCCUAAGAGUACAUAACAGUGCCAUGGUCUUUAUAUAUGGACAUAGAAUAGAGAAACUGUCCUCUUCUUCCAUCACACUACUAAUUUGUGAUGGAAGGCUUGCUCAUUUACAUUUCUGAGACUUUUCUGUAGGUGUAAAUAAGCCCACUCUGCUUGAACACAGUAUUUUCCCAAUAGCGCUUCCAUUGCCACUGUCUUUCUUUGGUGCCUUUCCUGUUCAGCAUUCUCAGCCUGAUGACAAAGCUGCUAAAUCUCCUAUUUUUUUAAAAUCACUAGCAUUAUAUUGCAACAAGGGAAAGAAAAAAAGUCUCUAUUUAAAUUCGUUUUUUAAAUUUUCUUCUUCAGUUGGUGUGUUUUUGGGAUGUCUUAUUUUUAGAUGGUUCCACUGUUAGAACACUAUUUUCAGAAUCUGAAUGUAACUUGUGUAAUAAAGUGUUUUCAGAGCAUUA